CUGAGGACGCGCGCCGCGCCGCUCAAGGUCUCUCUCUCUCUCCGCGCGCUCACCGGCCGGCAUCUGACGCGGGUGCCAGGGGCUCCGGGCACCUUGCAGUGGCCCUUCCCUCGGCCAGCCGGGACUCCGCAACCCAGCCGCUGCCGCCGCGGCCGCCGCCUGAGGGGACCUGCGGACAGGACGCCGGCGGGAGGAGGGGUGCGCAGCGCGCGCGCAGAGCGUCUCCCCCGCUGCGCAGCGAGACCCGGGCCUCCCGGCCCCAGGAGCCCCCGGCCGCCUCCCCAGGUGUGUGGCACUGAAGUUCUCGCGGAAGGGAGUCCAACUCUUCAAGGUGAACUAUGACCACUUUACUCUUGGUGUUUGUGACUCUGAGGGUCAUCACAGCAGCCAGCUCACUAGAAGCUUCAGACCCUGACAACUCGCUGAGUGUCAGCAUCCCCGAACCGUCCCCUCUGCGGGUCCUCCUGGGGAGCUCCCUCACCAUCCCUUGCUACUUCAUCGACCCCACGCACCCUGUGACCACCGCCCCCUCCACCGCCCCCCUCGCCCCGAGAAUCAAGUGGAGCCGUAUUUCCAAGGAGAAGGAGGUGGUGCUAUUGGUAGCCACGGAAGGGCAGGUGCGGGUCAACAAUGCCUACCAAGACAAGGUCUCGCUGCCCAACUACCCGGCCAUCCCCAGUGAUGCCACCUUGGAAAUCCAGAACCUUCGCUCCAAUGACUCGGGGAUCUACCGCUGCGAGGUUAUGCAAGGCAUUGAGGACAGCGAGGCUACCAUAGAGGUCGUGGUAAAAGGCAUUGUGUUCCAUUACAGAGCCAUCUCCACACGCUACACGCUGGACUUUGACAGGGCACAGCGGGCCUGCCUACAGAACAGUGCCAUCAUCGCCACCCCUGAACAGCUGCAGGCCGCCUAUGAGGACGGCUUCCACCAGUGUGACGCCGGCUGGCUGGCCGACCAGACUGUCAGGUACCCCAUCCACACUCCGAGGGAAGGCUGCUAUGGGGACAAGGAUGAGUUUCCGGGCGUGAGGACCUACGGCAUCCGAGACACCAAUGAGACCUAUGAUGUCUACUGCUUCGCUGAGGAGAUGGAGGGUGAGGUCUUCUAUGCGACAUCUCCGGAGAAGUUCACCUUCCAGGAGGCAGCCAACGAGUGCCGGCGGCUGGGCGCGCGGCUGGCCACCACGGGCCAGCUCUACCUGGCCUGGCAGGGCGGCAUGGACAUGUGCAGUGCUGGCUGGCUGGCCGACCGCAGUGUGCGCUACCCCAUCUCCAAGGCCCGGCCCAACUGCGGGGGCAACCUCCUGGGCGUGCGGACCGUCUACCUGCAUGCCAACCAGACGGGCUACCCCGACCCCUCGUCCCGCUACGACGCCAUCUGCUACACAGGUGAAGACUUUGUGGACAUCCCAGAAAACUUCUUCGGGGUGGGCGGCGAGGAGGACAUCACCAUCCAGACAGUGACCUGGCCUGACAUGGAGCUGCCCCUGCCCCGAAACGUCACCGAGGGUGAAGCCCGAGGCAACGUGAUCCUCACUGUGAAACCCAUCUUUGGUGUCUCCCCCACUGUCCCGGAGCCCGAGGAGCCCUUCACGUUUGUCCCGGAGCCCGAGGAGCCCUUCACGUUUGCCCCCGAUAGAGGGGCCACUGCCUUCCCUGAGGCUGAGAACAGGACUGGAGAGACCGCCGGGCCCUGGGGUGUUCCCGCCACGCCCAGCCCAGCCUUCACCGCCUUCACCAGUGAGGACCAUGUCGUGCAGGUGACCGCAGUCCCAGGCGCAACCGAGGUUUCGGGGCGGCCACGAUUGCCAGGGGGGGUUGUGUUCCACUACCGCCCAGGCUCCGCCCGAUACUCACUGACCUUUGAGGAGGCUCAGCAGGCCUGUCUGCGCACUGGGGCCGUCAUCGCCUCUCCGGAGCAGCUCCAGGCCGCCUAUGAAGCAGGCUACGAGCAAUGUGAUGCUGGUUGGCUGCAGGACCAGACUGUCAGAUACCCCAUUGUGAGCCCACGGACCCCGUGUGUGGGUGACAAAGACAGCAGCCCAGGGGUCAGGACCUACGGUGUGCGGCCACCAUCAGAAACUUAUGAUGUCUACUGCUACGUGGAUAGGCUCGAGGGGGAGGUGUUCUUUGUCACACGCUUGGAGCAGUUCACCUUCCAGGAAGCCCUGGCAUUCUGUGAAUCUCACAACGCCACCCUGGCCUCCACGGGCCAGCUCUACGCCGCCUGGAGCCAAGGCCUAGACAAGUGUUAUGCCGGCUGGCUGUCGGACGGCAGCCUACGUUACCCCAUCGUCACCCCGAGGCCCUCCUGCGGCGGAGACAAGCCAGGCGUGAGAACUGUCUACCUCUACCCCAACCAGACGGGCCUCCCAGACCCGCUGUCCCGGCACCACGCCUUCUGUUUCCGAGGUGUCUCAGCAGCGCCCUCCCCAGGAGAAGAAGAGGGUGGCACACCCACGCCCUCUGUCGUGGAGGACUGGAUCGCUACCCAAGUGGGGCCUGGUGUGGCUGCUGUGCCCGUGGGGGAGGAGACGACCGCAAUCCCAGGCUUCACCAUUGAGCCAGCAAACCAGACGGAAUGGGAACCAGCCUACAGCCCAGCGGGCACUUCCCCACCACCAGGGAUCCCUCCAACAUGGCCUCCCACCAGCGCAGCAACAGAGGAGGGCACAGAAGGACCUUCUGGAACGGAAGUGCCCUCAGUCUCAGAGGAGCCAUUCCCCUCGGAAGAGCCAUCUCCCUCAGAGGAACCAUUCCUCUGGGAGGAACUGUCCACACUUUCACCCCCAGUGCCCAGUGGGACUGAGCUACCGGGCUCUGGGGAGCCAUCCGGGGUACCUGAAGUCAGUGGUGACUUCACAGGCAGCGGAGAAGUUUCAGGACGUCUGGACUCCAGUGGGCAACCCUCAGGGGAAAGUGCAAGUGGACUGCCCUCUGAAGAUCUUGACUCCAGUGGGCUCACCUCUGCUGUGGGCUCAGGCCUGCCUGUGGGAAGUGGACUGGCCUCAGGGGAUGAAGAUAAAAUUACAUGGUCCGGCAUUCCUGAAGUUGGAGGUGAGGGCCUAGAGACCUCUGCCUCUGGAGUAGAGGACCUCAGCAGGCUGCCUUCUGGAGAAGGUCCAGAAAUUCCUCCCUCUGGAGUAGAGGACCUCAGUGGAUUACCUUCUGGAGAAGGUCCAGAAGUCUCUGCCUCUGGAGUAGAGGACCUUAGUGGAUUACCUUCUGGAGAAGGCCUAGAAGUCUCUGCCUCUGGAGUAGAGGACCUCAGCAGGCUGCCUUCAGAAGGUCCAGAAGUCUCUGUCUCUGGAAUAGAGGACCUUAGUGGAUUACCUUCUGGAGAAGGCCUAGAAGUCUCUGCCUCUGGAGUAGAGGACCUCAGCAGGCUGCCUUCUGGAGAAGGUCCAGAAGUCUCUGCCUCUGGAGUAGAGGACCUCAGUGGAUUACCUUCUGGAGAAGGUCCAGAAGUCUCUGCCUCUGGAGUAGAGGACCUCAGCAGGCUGCCUUCUGGAGAAGGUCCAGAAGUUUCUGCCUCUGGAGUAGAGGACCUUAGUGGAUUACCUUCUGGAGAAGGCCCAGAAGUCUCUGCCUCUGGAGUAGAGGACCUCAGCAGGCUGCCUUCUGGAGAAGGUCCAGAAGUUUCUGCCUCUGGAGUAGAGGACCUUAGUGGAUUACCUUCUGGAGAAGGCCCAGAAGUCUCUGCCUCUGGAGUAGAGGACCUCAGCAGGCUGCCUUCUGGAGAAGGUCCAGAAGUUUCUGCCUCUGGAGUAGAGGACCUUAGUGGAUUACCUUCUGGAGAAGGCCCAGAAGUCUCUGCCUCUGGAGUAGAGGACCUCAGCAGGCUGCCUUCUGGAGAAGGUCCAGAAGUUUCUGCCUCUGGAGUAGAGGACCUUAGUGGAUUACCUUCUGGAGAAGGCCCAGAAGUCUCUGCCUCUGGAGUAGAGGACCUCAGCAGGCUGCCUUCUGGAGAAGGUCCAGAAGUUUCUGCCUCUGGAGUAGAGGACCUUAGUGGAUUACCUUCUGGAGAAGGCCCAGAAGUCUCUGCCUCUGGAGUAGAGGACCUCAGCAGGCUGCCUUCUGGAGAAGGUCCAGAAGUCUCUGCCUCUGGAGUAGAGGACCUUAGUGGAUUACCUUCUGGAGAAGGCCUAGAAGUCUCUGCCUCUGGAGUAGAGGACCUCAGCAGGCUGCCUUCUGGAGAAGGUCCAGAAGUCUCUGCCUCUGGAGUAGAGGACCUCAGCAGGCUGCCUUCUGGAGAAGGUCCAGAAGUUUCUGCCUCUGGAGUAGAGGACCUCAGUGGAUUACCUUCUGGAGAAGGUCCAGAAACCUCUACCUCUGGAGUAGAGGACCUCAGUGGAUUGCCUUCUGGAGUAGAGGGUCAUCCAGAGACUUCUGCUUCUGGAGUAGAGGACCUCGGUGAACUUCCUUCUGAAAAAGAAGGAAUAGAGACCUCUACCUCUGGUGUAGGGGACCUCAGCAGGUUACCUUCUGGAGAAGGUCCAGAAACCUUUGCCUCUGGAGUAGGGGACCUCAGUGGACUUCCUUCUGGGGAAGGUCCAGAAGUCUCUGCCUCUGGAGUAGAGGAACUCAGUGGACUUCCUUCUGGAAGAGAAGGAAUAGAGACCUCUACCUCUGGUGUAGGGGACCUCAGUAGGUUGCCUUCUGGAGAAGGUCCAGAAGUCUCUGUCUCUGGAGUAGAGGACCUCAGUGGGCUGCCUUCUGGAGAAGUUCCAGAACCCUCUGCCUCUGGAGUAGAGGACCUUAGUGGACUUCCUUCUGGAAGAGAAGGUCUAGAGACCUCUGCCUCCGGUGUAGGGGACCUCAGUGGGUUGCCUUCUGGAGAAGGCCCAGAAGGCUCUGCUUCUGGAAUAGGGGACCUCAGUAGACUUCCUUCUGGAAGAGAAGGUCUAGAGACCUCUGCUUCUGGAGUAGAGGACCUCAGUGGGUUGCCUUCUGGAGUAGAGGGUCAUCCAGAGACUUCUGCUUCUGGAGUAGAGGACCUCGGUGAACUUCCUUCUGGAGGGGAAGGUCUAGAGACCUCUGUCUCUGGAGCUGAGGAUCUCAGUGGGUCGCCCUCUGGGAAAGAGGACUUGAUUGGGUCAGCUUCUGGAUCCUUGGACUUUGGCAGAAUACCUUCUGGAACUCUGGGAAGUGGGCAAGCUCCAGAAGCAAGUGGCCUUCCCUCUGGAUUUAGUGGUGAGUAUUCAGGGGUGGACCUUGGAAGUGGCCCAUCCUCUGGCCUACCUGAUUUUAGUGGACUUCCUUCUGGAUUCCCAACUGUCUCCCUAGUGGAUACUACAUUGGUGGAAGUGGUCACAACCACCAGGGCAAGUGAACUGGAAGGGAGGGGAACUGUUGGCAUCAGUGGUGCUGGAGAAACAUCUGGGCUGCCCUUCAGUGAGCUGGACAUUAGUGGGGCAGUUAGUGGACUCCCUUCAGGAGCUGAACUCAGUGGCCAAGCAUCUGGGUCUCCUGACAUCAGUGGGGAAACAUCUGGAUUCUUUGGUGUCCAUGGACAGCCAUCGGGGUUUCCUGACAUCAGUGGGGGAGCAUCUGGGCUUUUUGAGGUCAGUGGGCAGCCAUCAGGGUUUUCUGGGGAAACAUCUGGAGUGACCGAGCUUAGUGGACUGCCCUCUGGACAACCAGAUGUCAGUGGAGAAGCCUCUGGAGUUGUUUCUGGCGGUGGUCAACCAUUUGGCAUAACCGACCUGAGUGGGGAAACAUCUGGGGUCCCUGAUAUCAGUGGGCAGCCAUCAGGAUUGCCAGAGAUCAGCGGGACAACUUCUGGAGUCCCUGACCUGGUUUCCAGUACCAUGAGCGGCAGUGGUGACUCUUCUGGCAUUACGUUUGUGGACACCAGUUUGAUGGAAGUGACCCCAACUACGUUUAAAGAAGAAGAAGGGUUAGGGUCUGUGGAAGUCAGUGGACUCCCUUCAGGGGAGGCAGAUCUUUCGGGCGCAUCUGGGAUCAUGGAUGUCAGUGGACAGUCUUCUGGAGGAAUCGACUCCAGCGGGUUGACAUCCCACCCUCCAGAAUUCAGUGGCCUGCCAAGUGGAGUAGCUGAAGUCAGUGGAGAAUCUUCUGGAGCAGAGACUGGGAGCAGCUUGCCUUCAGGAGCCUAUGAUGGCAGUGGACUCCCAUCCGGUCUCCCCACUGUGUCUCUUGUGGACAGAACUUUGGUGGAAUCUGUCACCCAGUCUCCAACAGCCCAAGAAGCAGGAGAAGGGCCUUCGGGCAUUUUGGAACUCAGCGGUGCCCAUUCUGGAGCACCAGAUGUGUCUGGAGACCAUUCGGGAGUGUUGGACCUAAGUGGGCAGCAGUCCGGGCUGGUGGAGCCCAGUGGAGAGCCGUCAAGUACUCCAUAUUUUAGUGGGGACUUUUCUGGCACCAUGGAUGUAAGUGGAGAAUCCUCUGCAGCCACGAGCACCAGCGGGGAGGCCUCAGGACUUCCAGAAGUUACUUUAAUCACUUCUGAGUUCGUGGAGGCUGUCACUGCACCAACUGUUUCCCAGGAACUCGCCCAAAGACCCCCUGUGACACACACCCCCCAGCUGUUGGAGUCCAGCGGAGAAGCCUCCGCGUCUGGGGAAAUUAGUGGGGCUACACCAGGGUUCCCCGGGUCUGGGCUAGAAGCGUCAUCCAUCCCGGAAUCCAGCAGCAAGACGUCCGACUUUCCUGAGGCUGGGGUGGGGGCAUCUGUCGCCCCUGAGGCCAGCGGACAAGCUUCUGGGGCCCCUGAUGUGGGUGAAGCCACCUCUGCCUUCCCUGAAGCUGAUGUGGAGGGAGCCUCAGGCCUGGGAGUGAACGGCGGCACCUCAGCCUUUCCUGAAGGCCCCAGGGAGGGCUCGGCCAGCCCGGAAGUUCGGGAGGAGCCAACCACCAGCGCCUAUGCUGUGGGCACAGAGGCGUCAGGCUGGCCUUCAGCCACUCCGGUGGCAUCUGGAGACAGGACUGAAGUCAGCGGAGACCUGUCUGGUCACACGUCAGGGCUGGAUGUUGUCAUUAGCACUAGCGUCCCGGAGUCCGAGGGGGUCCCGCAAAGCCAGCGCCCUGCAGAGGCACCUCUAGAAAUCGAGUCCUCAAGCCCCUUGCACUCAGGAGAAGAGACCCAAACAGCCGAAACAGCCGAAACAGCGACAUCCCCCACAGAUGUCUCCGUCCCUGCGUCUCCAGCCAGGACCGAUGAAUCUGCACCAACAGUCCCAGACAUUGAUGAGUGCCUCUCAAGUCCUUGUCUGAAUGGAGCCACCUGCGUGGACGCCAUCGACUCUUUCACAUGCUUAUGCCUUCCCAGCUACCGAGGGGACCUGUGUGAGAUUGACCAGGAGCUGUGUGAGGAGGGCUGGACCAAGUUCCAGGGCCACUGCUACCGUUACUUCCCCGACCGCGAGAGCUGGGUGGAUGCCGAGAGCAGGUGCCGGGCACAGCAGGCCCACCUGAGCAGCAUCGUCACGCCUGAGGAGCAGGAGUUCGUCAACAACAACGCCCAAGACUACCAGUGGAUAGGCCUGAAUGACAGGACCAUCGAAGGGGACUUCCGCUGGUCAGAUGGACACUCCUUGCAAUUUGAGAACUGGCGCCCCAACCAGCCUGACAACUUCUUCGUGAGUGGAGAGGACUGCGUGGUGAUGAUCUGGCAUGAGAAGGGAGAGUGGAACGACGUGCCCUGCAAUUACUACCUGCCCUUCACGUGUAAAAAGGGCACAGUGGCUUGCGGAGACCCCCCCGUGGUAGAACACGCCAGGACCUUUGGGCAGAAGAAGGACCGGUACGAGAUCAACUCGCUGGUGCGGUACCAGUGCACAGAAGGCUUUGUCCAGCGCCACGUGCCCACCAUCCGGUGCCAGCCCAGUGGGCACUGGGAGGAGCCUCGGAUCACCUGCACAGACCCCUCCACGUACAAGCGCAGACUGCAGAAGCGGAGCCCGCGGGCGCCCCGGAGGAGCCGGCCCAGCACAGCCCACUGAGAGAUGCUUCCAGGACGCGCCCAGGACGCUGAGCCCAGGAGCCUCGCCAGGCUGACAGCCCACAUGGAUGGUGUCCUCUUCUUGUCUCUUUCUGUCAUAUAAGGAAUUCCAUUAAAGAAGGAAAAAAACAAAUCCCACAUUGUGUAUGCACCUGCCCCCCCAACCCCCCCCAAUCACCAAAACUGCAUCUGAUUUCCCCCCCAAUGCCAAAGCAAAGCAAACGUAUUGUAACCCGUGGACUGAGUUUAGAGACAUUUCUUCAAUCUCCCGUUGUGCCUUUUCCAGGGACCAGGGCAGGGACAGGGGGAGAAGGGGAGGGGUUAAGUUAAAUAAAGAAGAUUAUUUUUUGUUUCCUGACUUUAUCCAAGAGCAGUGCAAUCCUUGGUUUUUUCACCUCCAGGGAGAGCUAGGGAGGAGGGAGGAAGGGGCGCGAAGAGCUGGGACCUGCCGCAACUGAAUGUAUUGGACGAGAGGCCGAGGGCUGCACCGUCUGUGUGGGGGGAGAAGCCUCGGGGAGGGGGGGGCUCCACCGAGGGUGAGGGGACAGGAGAGAGCCGUGGAGGGAUCUUCCGCUGCAUGGGGGGUCAGGUUCCCUCCCAGGGUCCCUCUUUCAGCAUCCGCUCACCCAGGUCUGCCACCCUAGCAGGUGUUGAUCCCGGCAGGGCUGGGGGGGGGCACUUCCUGCCCAGCAGGAGUGCCGCCCCACCCC